AUGGGUAGUCGCGGAGCAGGCCUCAUUCUCACCAGCCCAAAUGGGGUAGUCACGGAGCAGGUUCUACGCUUCGAGUUCUCCGUCUCGAACAAUGAAGCAGAGUACGAGGCGCUCAUUGUCGGGCUCAAAUUGGCAAACGAGCUGAAAGUAGAGGACCUAAAGGUCUUCAGUGAUUCCCAACUGGUCGUGAGCCAGAUCUUGAGAGACUUUGAAACAAGAGAGCCAUCGAUGCAGAGAUAUCUCCAAAAGGUGCGAGACUUUACGUCCAUCUUGGGCUCCUUCAAUAUCCAGCACAUUUUCAGAACAGAGAACCUAAGGGCAGACCAACUGUUGAAGCUGGCGACCUCCUGCAUGAGCGAGCUCCCUAAGGCAACAGUACUCGAAAACCUCCAAAUGCCCAGCACAGAGGAGCCCGAGCCAACCCUCUGCAUCGAGACCAAGCCGAGCUAG